AUGCUUCGUGGUAAACAUAUGGGAUUCAAGAGCGUACGACGUGUGGAAAUAAAGGCGGAAACAACGACACCAGGAGAUCUUCGUACUACUACAGACGCCAGUGGUGCACGUGUAAGUGCUCCUCGAGGCCGUCGUACGCUGCCAAAGCUCGAGUUUACGGUGGAUGAGGAUGGUGCCGUAUUGCAUGGACCACAGCGUGGCUCGUAUCCGUUUUACACGACGUCUAGUGCCAACUUAAAUGCUAUUAAUUCCGAGACACUGGAUAUGCCGUUUAACACGGCACUGGAAAGGGAUUUAGCAGCUAGUUUUCAAGCGCUGCACAUGCGCAAUUUCCCACUGCUUCCUGAACAUGAAGAAGUACGGAGACGUAGACGUAGGUCGGAGACGGAGAAUGCAGAGCAGGACGUUGCAGAGCAUGAGAAAGAUGAGACGAGAGAGGUCGAAGACGCCAGAGCUGCCCCCUCACACAUGAAGGAGUGCGUGUUGAAUGAUACGCGAGCGACAACGUUGGCACUGAAAUACGAUAAUGCAGUGGGAAAAUUUGUGUGUGGCUCAUCCAUUGAACGGUUUUCCGGCCAUACGGGAGUGUGCAGAGUUUUAGGCAGCAAGAAGUACCCGGUGAUCCCACAUAGUUUGAAACUGGGAGAUCUACUUCGGAUUGGAUCAGUUGGUCUUGUAGUAUGUGAAUUGAACCGUACUAGUAGUGAAGAAACGGAGGAGGCUCUGACAAACGAACAGUACGGUUUUUUAAAGGAGAAUUAUCUCAGUUUGCCGCUUCAGCAAACGUUCCACCCGACGGAGAGAUGUCCAAACAUGGAGGAUAGUGGAGAAUUGAAUGAUGACAAAGACCACGAGCGUACCAUGCGGGUUGGAGAAGAUACUUCAGAUGAGGGCGAGUCAGAAGAGGACAAAGACAAGAAGGCAGGAAGACGCUCGAGCGACAACGGAGAUAACAGCGCUAAUUUACACCACAGCACUUUGCCAUUGGGCGUGGCAGGCACCGCAGCCAAGCGAUUCUGUUACAUUUGCUAUGACGGAGAAGAAGACGCAGAGAAUAACCCGCUGGUAGCUCCUUGUCAUUGCAAGGGUGACACGAAAUACGUGCACCUCGACUGUUUACAACGCUGGAAUAAUAAUCUCGAUGUGGACGGGACGAAUCCGAACCAGAAGGUGUGCGCCGUUACCAACACAGAUGGACUUGACGUGUGUAGUAUCUGUAAAGCUACUUACUUGACGAGUGUGCGUUUGGACGACGGCCGUGUGGUGUCGCUGCUUGCGAAGAAGUUGCCUCCACCGUACGUUACAUUCGCUGUUGUCACUCAGCAUGAAACCCGGAACCGCUCGACCGCACUAACAAACACACGUUUCCAAUUGAGCUUCGCAAACAUGCCGCGGAAUCAGCAAUACCUGACGAUUGGCCGCUCAACUACUAACAACAUGACACUCCGCUAUCGCACGGUAUCCCAACUGCAUGCGAAGAUGAAAUACCAGGAUAACCAUUUCUUUAUGUUUGAUGCUUCAAGCUCAAAUGGAACAAUGCUAUUUUUGAGCAAACCCCUGGAGCUGGAUUGGAACAAGGCAAUACACGUGAAGAUUGGUCGCACUAUUCUUACACUUAAGGCCAAGAAAAAAGUGGAAAUGGGCUGGUGCUGGGUCCAGCGAAGACGAAGAGGACGAAGAAGCCUGAGUUAUGCAGCAAGGAUAGAUGGUUUUGAUAUGAGCGGUCACAGUACGAUUUAUGACCCUAGCGCCGAGUUAGUGGGUGCGCCGUAUUCGGGUCAUUUACCCCGAACAUACACGGCGCCUAAUGUACUGAAUACGCGUUUGAAUCGAAGCGCACUUUCCAACGCCUUCUAUUCGCGACCAUCGCGGCAGCGGGCCCUUUCGAGCAGCGCUCAGAUCAUACGUGGAGAGAAUGCGCUUGGUGCGUUUCGUGCUGACGAGGUGGAGCGUGACGAGCUUGAUACUUUCGUGACACACAAUACCCGAGAAUCGGUGGGGCUUCCUGUAACAUCGAUGAGUUUCCGCAAUUUUGCCGCCGAGAAUGCGUCGCCCUCAUUGACAUCUCAGCUCGCUGGUGAAGGUAUCGUUGGCGCCAGUAAUUAUCCGACUAGAUUGACUGAUCAGGGGGUACCUGCCCAGCGACGUGCUAUGCACGAGAUGAUGGACUCGCUGGUUGAACACGGAGCGAGCCCCAUUGUAGCGACAGUGAGUAUCGCUGCGGGUCUGACGGAUGAAGAAUAA